AGGGGGACAGCAGCGCCCCACGGUGACAUCAUCCUCUGUCUCAGUGGACAUGGAAUCGGAUCCUUUGCGUUUUCGCUGCCCUUUGUUUUCUCCUGGGCCGGCUUAUGUGGAUGGUUGUCAUUAUGGGGUUCAUCAUGAUCAAUGUCAAUCAUAAUAAUCAUAAUCAUUGGCUGUGCCGAGAGUUCUCGAAUCGAUUCAUCUCCUUUCCGUUCCCCCCUGGUCUCCCACGGUUGGUUCAUUGGACGGUAUCGGCACGUAUCGACACAAAACAUCUCGGAACAGGAGGAACAGGUUUCCGCGGCCGAGUCUUGCCAGAGUCAACCGCGAAAGGCAAUAGCCACGGUAGCACGACAUACCCAGCUGUUGGAGACGUCGAUGUAGUGCUUUUUAGGACCAAGGUUCAAGGCAAGUCUGCAAAAUCCGGCUUUGGAUUUCAGGCGAGGUCGAUGAUAAGAUCCGUAGCGCUGGCCUUCAUAUCCUGGAGGAUGAAAAAAGACGAUCCGAGCCGUUGCUAUUGGCUAUUCACACUCUGGCCCUCCCAGCCAUUACUUAGUAAGUUAGUAGUACUAACUACUUACUGUAAGUGGCUUGAAACAGCUCGGCGGGAAAGUUUCCAGGCUGGUUGAGUUGAGCAUCUCAGGACGGUGACGGGAGCAACGAUCUUUGACCCUUUUCUUUCCGAAUGUCUGCUGCGGAGCUUCCUCCGUACGUGUCCGCGGUCUGUUUCUCCCCAGCAACUUUUGGCUAGGAUCUAGU